AUGCUUCCGCCGCAUCGAAAAACAGGACCCUUACCGUCCUUUUCUCCGUCUUUCAUGUCGCCGAAAUCGACCUCCUCGUCUGAGCGCGCGCCGACCCCACCUGGACCUCCCCAGAUAUGGUGGGGCAACGCCUUCUUCUUCGUCCUUGUGCACAUCGCCGCGUUGGCCGGGAUGUAUUAUAUGCCGCCCUGGAAGACGAAGAAGGCGACGCUCCUGCUCUGGUUUCUUACCUGGCAGUUGGCGGACUUCGGUAUUACUGUGGGGUACCACAGACUCUAUUCUCACAAGGCGUUUCGUGCAUCUCUGGGGGUGCGCAUUGUACUCGCCAUUCUGGGCUCGUCGGCUUUUCAGGGAUCUAUUAAGUGGUGGUGUCUUCGGCACCGGCUUCACCAUAGAUUCACAGACGACCCCAUUCACGACCCUUACGCAGCAACGAGAGGCUUGUUCUAUUCUCAUAUGGGGUGGAUAUUCUUCAAGCCGACGCAUGAACGAAUGCACCUGAUAGAGAGAGAUGACUUAGAGAGCGAUCCAGUGGUCCGGAUCCAACACAAAUAUUAUGUUUCGUCUGCCCUUCUUUUUGGCUUCGUCUGUCCCACUCUUCUUGGUGCACUCUGGAAUGAUGCGAUAGGAGGGUACAUAUGGGGCGGUCUGGUAGCGAGACUCUUUAUCUGGCACUGCACUUUCCUUGUCAAUUCGUUGGCCCACUGGGAUGGACUUCAGCCGUAUUCUGAUGAAGACACAUCCAGAGGAAAUCUGAUUCUGGCUCUGUUGACUGGCGGCGAAGGCAACCAUAAUUUUUCUUUCCAGCAUCACUCGUUCCCUCAUGAUUUCCGCUCCGGACCAUCCUUGCUUGACUGGGACCCGAGCAAGUGGAUUAUUUUUGUCCUUCACAAACUAGGACUCGCCACGUCUCUACGUCGCGUGCGAAGCGAGGAUCUCGGCGAGGCGCUCAGGUAUAUGUAUCGAAAAACAGUUCUGGGUAUCGUCGAACCCGAGGACGAUUCUUGGGAUGGUCCAGAAUGGAAUAUUGAACAAGUCAAGGAGUUCGCUCAAGCGAAACCUGGCAGAUGCGUGGUUGUGAUCAACGGUACUGUAGUUGACGCCACCGUAUACCUCGGUGAACAUCCCGGUGGAGCCAAUAUGCUUCGAAAAUAUUCCGUCAGACUGCACGAUGAUGCAGAUAUGUGGAAUGAGGCUGACUGGGCCUUCAAUGGCGGAAUGAAUACUCAUUCUCGUGCGGCACGAAAGAGGAUGCGUGAGUUCAGAGUGGCGAAGCUGGUUGGAUGA